GAAAACACAAAAGCACAUUUGCAUUCAUUUUAUUUUUUUACAACAAAUACAACAAACUAAGAGAGUAAAUAUUCGUGUAAUAAAUAUUUAAGUAGUUACUGUAAUUAAAGAUUAAUAAAUAAAUAAUAAUAAUAAUAAAUAAAUAAAAGAGAUGCUGUCAAAAUCAAAUUUUCAAAAUUAUCCAGAUGAAGGUGAUGAAGAAAUAACAGAGUUUAUUCCAGAUAACGGCAUUACUCCAGUGAUGGAAUAUUUAUCAUCUAGUCCUUCCUCAUCUGCAUCUUAUGAUUCUGAUUAUUCUCUGAAUGAUAUCAGUAGCAAUAAUAAUAAUAUUAAUUAUAACAGUAAUAAUAAUCAUCUAAAUAACAACAACAACAACAAUAAUAACAAUAAUUAUUAUAAUUAUAAUUACAACAACAAUAAUAACAACGAAGAACAAAUGGAGCCAAGUAAUCAAAGUGAAAGUGAAAUAAUAGAAAUGAUUAAAAAUUUUGGUGAAGAAAUAAAAGGACUUUUAGAAAAGCGUAAAAAAUUAGUAAAACUUUUAGAAGAAAAAAUAAAAAACGAUCCUAGAAUAAACAAUUGUUCAAAUAAAUAAUUAUUUAAUUAAUAAAUAAUAAUUAAUUAAUACUUAAAAUUUAUGAAUAAUAUUUAUUUAAUUAUUAAAUAUAUUAAACAACGAUU